GUCGGUUCUUGUCGUUCCCUUUAAAGAAUCGGCUCUUGGAUCCGGCUCGUCCGCGAACGACACAUCACUACUAACAGUCAGAGAAACAUGGCGGCGUCCUUGAGCAGCGUGAGGCUGCUGAGCGCCUUGGCCCGGUCCGGCUCAUGGUGCAGCUCCUCUGGAAGCAGAAGCCUCCACGUCACUGCAGCGUGCUGCAAGAACCGAGCAGCUCGUGCCCGAGUGGGGAAAGGAGACCGACCUCUGACGUACGAGCAAGCGCUCGCACCUCAUCACAUCGGCCACCGCAAAGGAUGGCUGUCGCAGCACACCAGUAACCUCAAAGGAGAGGAGGGAGCAUCUGAUCGGACCACGGAAGACGUGUUCGUGAGGCGCUUCAUGUUCGGGACCUUCCACGGCUGCCUGGCCAACGAAAUCGUGAUCAAACGGCGCGGCAACCUGCUCGUAGUCUGCGCUUUAAUGUUGCAGAAGUUACCGCCGCAGAAGUUUUACUUCUUAAUCGGUUACUCAGAGUCUCUGCUGUCACACUUCUACAAAUGCCCCGUCAAGUUAGAGAUCCAGACGCUGCAGGAUAGAGCCGUGUACAAAUACCUCUGAGGGAAUCACACGACGAUGUUCAACCCAGAAUGAACUUUUCAAAAGAAAUACAACCAACAUGUGUCAGUGUAACUGUAGAAAUAGUUUAAUAAACUAUAUGUAUGUA